AUGGCAUCCUUGUCGGUCAUCGCCGUCGUGUUGGCGCCGGUCCUCUUCCUCAUCAAAUAUCUACUCCUCGAUCCCCUAUUUCUGAGUCCCCUGAGUCGCGUACCCGGGCCCAAGGCGUUCGCUUUGACAAAAUGGCGUCUGGCAUACGAGGACUGGAAGGGCGCGCGCACCCGUACCAUCCACCACCUGCACCAGAAAUACGGCCCCGUCGUCCGCAUCGGCCCGGACGAGGUCUCGUUCAACAGCCUGGCGGCGCUGCGGACCAUCUACGGGCCCGGUAGCAAGUACGGCCGAACGGGCUUCUACCGCAUGUUUGACGUCUACGGCCGCCAGAACCUAUUCACCUUCCACUCGGCGGUGGAGCACGGCCAGAGGAAGAAGCUCCUAUCACACGCCUACUCCAAAUCCACUAUGCUCAAGGAGCCCUCUACUGGCAUGGUCGAGGAGAAGGCGCGGAAGUACAUGGCUCUCAUCGACGCGGAGCCCGGGCACGUGAGCGAGAUCUUCAGCACACUACACUACUACUCCCUCGAUAACAUCACCGAGUUCCUGUACGGCAGGUACGGGUCCACGUCUGCCCUGGAAGGCUCAGAGCCGCACCGGGCUCUGAUUGGCGACAUCUUAGAUCCGUCUCGGCGCAAGCUUUCGUGGUUCACCGUGCACUUGAAUACAGUGACGAAGUGGCUUUAUUCGCGCACCAACACAAUGGAGACUGUUGUCCAGCCGCUUCUGCCCAUGCAGAAACCCGCCACAUACACCGGCAUUCGAGAGUUUGCGCUGCAGGCGUAUAGGAGCUUCCGGUCGGAUAUGGAAAUGUCCGAGAAGGAGGGUCGGCCCUCGGAGGAAGCCGAGGGCUCGUCUAUCCUCGAGCGCCUCUGGGCGUACCAUCAGACCCACAAGACAGACGGUCUGGAUGACUUGGAGAUUGCCUCAGAGUGCGCAGACCACUUCCUAGCCGGCAUCGACACGACCAGCGACACGCUCAUGUUCCUGAUAUGGUCCCUUUCUCAGCCUAGAAACAAGGCCUUUCAGGAGAAGCUGAGACGGGAAGUCCUCGGACUGUCCAGGGAGUCACUCAACGGCCACGGCCUUCCCACUGCCGAGGCGAGCGACAAGUGCAUCUACCUGAACGCCGUCAUCAAGGAGACGCUAAGGCUCUAUGCCCCCUUGCCGACUUUUGAGCCGAGAUCGAGCGUCGCCGAUACCGUCAUCGACGGGUACAAUAUCCCGGCAAAUGUUACCGUGGGCAUGUCUCCAUUCACCCUCCACCGCAACCCCGAAGUUUUCAAGGAUCCUCGAACUUUCAACCCCGAUCGCUGGCUGGGGCCGCAGGCGGCCGAGAUGAACCGCUGGUUCUGGGCCUUUUCGAGUGGCGGCAGGAUGUGCAUCGGUUUACACUUGGCAAUGGCCGAAAUGACAACGCUCGCGGCAACGAUAUACCGCAAGUACAGCACCACGAUCGCGCCUGGAUUUGAAGACAUCACACCGGGGAUCACUGCUCGAUUCGAGGUUUUUUAUGACGAUAGAUUCCCUAAGAUGCUGGAGCAUACUUGCCUCAUCAAAUUUGAGGAGCUUGGUGGUAAUGCUUGA